GCCGUUUUCGAAUAACAGUGGCUUAUGAUUGCAAGCAUGAGCCCCAGCUGCGAGAGAGCUGGUGUGUUGUAUUCUUGUGCAUACUUUUUAUUUCGACGGGUACGGCCACGAGCGUUGUUCAUGGCGAUUCCCUAAAUCUCAUUCAUUGAUGAUUGCGGUGCAAUGAGCAAACUGGAAAAAGUGCUAUUGAUGAUCAUUUCAAUCUAGCUGCCAUGUACUGGACAACAGGUCAGCUGCAGAUUCAGAUUCAGAUUCAGACUCCUCUCAUCUCAGCUCUACAGUAGCGAUUUUAUCUGAUCAUCGUUGGAAAUAAAGUACAGUACGAAACUCGGAUGAUGUGCUAUAUUAACGAGAUUUGCAGAUCUAACCGAUCUCAGCACGUGCUGGAUCCUUGAGCUUUCUCCGUUCGGUUCGAGACGGCAGCAAAGGGAAAUUUGUUGUCUGCGAUCUGUGUGUGACAGCUAAAGUCACUCGACUCGAUCGCCGAUGCAGUUCAGAGAAACACUUAGUGGUACGAUCCGAGCUCUCCAGGACCGUGACUCUACUGUAUGCACUUGUCGUACAGUCCAGUUGGUGCACAGAGUUACAGGCCGAUGAGUGCGAGUGUGAGGCAUGAUACUGCACUUCAGAUCGUGAGUGUCAAGACGUCAGCAGCAGCAACAGCAAGUCACGGACAGUUGAUGAUGGCCAUCACCCUUUGCCUGCUUCGUCGGGAAGAGCAAUUGCCUUCCAAGAUUCGCUGGUCCACUGACAUUUGUUGUUGCCUCCAUGGAAGACGAGUUGAUUCUCACGAGCUACUGCAACUCAACACGGGUCAAAGCUCGUAGACUACAGUUUUCGCACACCUCUUGACUCAGCAGCAACUUCAGUCAGCAGAUGAGAGAUUGCUCGGCGAUUUUAAUCAAGGUUUCGACCACCAAGAUUCUCUCAGUGCCAUGGGACGCCCGUUCAGACCUGGUGAUGCACUUCUUACGUGCAGGGCGAUCACAUGCUCUUGGACGUUACAAUGAUUCCAAUGUGUCUGCAUCCAACUCGGUCACAGCAUGAGUGAUUCUUCUACUUUAGUACGUGCCCGUCAAAUGGAAGUUGCACUUUUGAUUAAAGUAAAUUGUGAAGUCAGGAGGCAAGAUAACCUCUGCCAUGC